CUUCAGAGAGAAAGGCAAGUAUGGUGUACAUUAUAAAUAUGCAUAGCACAAGGGUUAUUUAAAUGGUAUAAUCUGCAGAUUUGAUUUACCGAGUGAAUGGGUGUCAGGACAUCUGGAGUUCAAAGACAGCAACAGCCUGUGAAGACUUGCCUUUUCAGCAUCUUCCUUCGGAUACAGUCCCAGAAUUUUCAUGGAAUAACAAACAACCCCUUGCCUCUGGAACUCCACCUGGCUUCAUUUCCAGACUGACUUUAGAUAAGAAGGGAGUUCUCUCAGUUUUAUUAUACAACGCAAACUGAGCUAGACGGAAAGACAUUAGAGAGUGCAUCAAAGGGGAAAUAUACAAAAUGUCUUUGUCAUUGAUAACCAUACUUCUUUUGCUGUUUGGCACGGAAGAUGCUCAAAGAACAACUCCUGAUUUCAUGAUGCAUUAUUUUCAGAGACAACUUCAAGUACUGGAGGGACGACUGAUCAAAUGUGAGCUGGACUUCCAGCAGUUCAGUCAAAGGAUGUACGACAUGUCCAAAGAGGUGCAUGGGCAAACGAGCAGGAUGAAUGUGUUGAGAUCAGAGGUCAAGGGUCAAGUCGACACCAUAGGUAUGCGCUUGGAUCGGGUUGAGAGAGAUGUGGAAUACCUACAUAAUAAGAUUCCCGAUACAACUCAUGUUGAAAUUGAAGACUCGCUGCUUGAGCACCAGGUGAAAGAAGCCAAACUAAAAAAGACAGCUGUAAUCCCCAAGGACAAAGAUUGCAGUUAUGAGCUGGUGGGUAUCAAGUCCCUGAAAAUCGUCAAGAAGGCAGGCGAUGCCAGUGGAUCCUGGAUGAAGGAUCCAACUAAGGGUUCUGCUAAGAUUUACUUUUUUAGUGGCCCAACAAACAGAACACUUUUGGCAUACACCUCUCUGAAGACUUUCACAGACACAAACUCCACCAAAAAGACUGAAGUUAUCCCUCUCCCUUUGCCCUGGCAAGGAACAGGCCAUGUGGUGUACAACGGCUUUGUAUACUACCACCUGGCAGGCACCAGCAAUGAGAUCUUAAAAGUCCACCUCAGCAAUCGCACAGUGACAGAUCGAUUGUUGCUUCCUGGGGCUGGCCGAAUGCCUGCUUAUUCCCUCAAUCCUCACACCCUGCUGGAUCUGGCUGUAGAUGAAAUGGGACUCUGGUCGAUUCAUGCAGAUUCAGACUUUGGAGGCAACUUGGUUAUCUCCAAGCUGGACCAUAACAGCCUUGCUGUGCAGCACACCUGGGAUACCAGCUGCAAUAGUCGUGAUGCAGAAGCAGCUUUCAUGAUCUGUGGCACCUUGUAUGUGGCCUACAACUCUGACUAUGGUGGCAGGUCCAGCAUCAAAUGCUUGUUUGAUAUUCAUGACACCAUUUACACCGAGAGCACCCCAGAGCUAUUUUUCCCAAAGCGUUACACCGGUCACACUGCUUUGCAUUACCACUACAAAGACAAGCAGCUGUAUGCCUGGGAUGAUGGUUAUCAGACCAUCUAUAAGUUAGACAUCAGGAAGAAAGUUGCUGCAUAGGUCAAUUCUACAUGGUAGAAUCCCAAGACCAGUUACAAUGAGAUUCUUGUAACCAGCAAUGCUUACAGUAAAUCUUCUUCCUAAUGACUUAAUCUGUUUGUUAUUUUAUAGAAAGCCACUACUACACUUUGUUGUUGUGCCAGACAGUCGUUUCCUGAAAAACAAAGGAAUCUUUUUUCCCUAUUCUCCUUGGUUCAGUCAGGGAACUGCCAAGAGUAACUAGAACUUUUUCUUCUCGAAUCUGUCUCUGAUUUGAAACAGUAAAAGCCGUAUUUGGUAUUACCAACAGGAGAUUCUAAAGUAUUCUACAAAUAAAUAGCAUUUAAAAAAGGGAAUAUCUGUAAUCCGUGUGCCUUCUUAAGAAAAUAUUUAAUACAAAAAGUAUAAUAAUAUAAAAAUAUUGACUCCAACCAGGUCUCCUAAGCAACCAAAUUGGCCCCGUUGCAAGGGAGGGUAGAGUCACAUGGGGUAAACUGAAUGUUCUGCUUCAACUACUACACUGUCAACGUGCAAUAUAAGUGACAGGCAAAACACAUUUUGUCUAGUGCUGUCACAGAGACCGGUGAGAUACGUCAGGACACUUAUUUCAGUAAUCUCUUUCAGGGAUAUUUUCUGCAUACUAUUCCAUAAACAUUGCUUACAGCACCUUUAAUUUAUGGUUUAAAAGUUGUAAGAACUGUAGUAACAAUGGUAUUUUGAUAUAUGGGCUACUAUGGUAAACAUGUAUAUAUAAAGGCCGAAACAUACUUCACGCAAGUACACGAACGCAGACGCGAGUGCUUGGCCAACGCAUGGCCUACACGUGGUCCCGUUGAACAUACUUUACAUGCGCUAUUGCGUUGCUCUGUCGGUUACUAACCUCACACCACAAGGGGGCGAUAGAGUUUUUUUUCAGCUGCCACGAAAUUGAAUCACAAAAAUUUUACUCUGUGGUCCAGUGUUUUAUGAAGUCAAAAAGCCAUCCCAACAUGUCCAAAAUGACUGGAUAUCCAUAGCUAGUUGCGGCAUCUCUGCUGCGGACACCUUUCCAUUUCUUCAUGGCUCAGACAAAUCGGUCCCGUAGUUGUUUCCAUUUUCUCUUUACAGUGUCAUUAUCAGAAUUUAGGGAAGCUGCAAUUUCUUGCCAAGCAUCUUCAAUCGCUGUUUUAUUCGAAUGGAGAGGGGACGAGGGGUCGUAAAUAUGUUUGUAUAAUCAAAUGUUUUCGGCAAGACCCUCCUCAGAUUGUUGCUUUGCCGUGACAGUUGUUGACUGAAAACAGAAAAUCCGCUCUAGCGCCCCUUGGGGCAAUGCAGAGAAUGCAGCUCAUACUUGCGCUGGGUUAUGAAUUGAGCACAUUUUACUACGCAACGACGCCUGGAAUCGAGUUUGCGUAGCAAGGUGCGUCUGCGUUCGCGUACUUGCGUGAAGCAUGUUUGGGCCUUUAUUCAUGUAUCACAAAUGUUGUAUUUUCUUUGACCUUUGUUUUUGGGUUAUUAGGGUGUUCCUUUUUAAUGCUAACAUAUAGAGCAAUACAAUAACAAUCAUCAAAAACAAUGAAAUUGUCACGGUAUAUAUAGCUUUAUGGAUUUUAAAAAAAACUAAUUAAAGAAAUAACAGAUACCAGUAAUAAAGAAACAUAAAUCAAAGUAAGGAAAGACAAUCAUUUUUUAUUUAUUUUUUUAAAGAGGGCAUUCAAAAUAUAGUAAUUCGUACAUCAACUAGCUGAACGGUUUUUAAAAGCAGAGGAGACUGUAAUUGUUCGUAAUGCUUUUUAGUUAGUGUAUAUUCCUACCUGUGAUGAUAAUUUCCAUUUACCUUCUGCACAUGCGCACUUUCUUGUAAGAAAACAACGGCUAGGACCGAAAGCUUGAAAAUGCUGCCUUCGGAGGCUGUAUACAAAUGUAGAAUAAAAAAUAA